AUGGCCUCCGCAAUGGAACUAAUUGCUGCCCUCGAGCAUACCGCGUCGUCAGAUCAAAAUGUGCUUUUGGAUGCAAAUAUAUACUUGGAAGAGGCAGCAGCCAGCAAUCUGCCAGAGCUGCUCAAGGCGCUCUCCGCUGUGCUGGCCGAUCCGACAAACAGCGACUUGGCCCGCAUGGCUGCCGCCCUUUUUAUAAAAAAUCAUCUGUACAGCUGGAAUGAUAAAGUCAAGCAGAAGAAGAAGGAAAUGUGGCUGCAGCUUCCCAGCGAGAUUCGCGAAGUGAUCAAAUAUAACCUGCUGGCCGCAUUGGGUACGGAGAACGCGAGACCAUCCUGUGCCGCCCAGUGCGUGGCAGUGUUGGCUGCCAACGAACAGCCCGCGCAGCGUUGGAACAUUCUUUUCCAGACGCUGCCCAACUACGUGACCGGCGAGGGAUCGAACGAACUUCUACGCUCGUCUGCUCUGGAGGCCAUAGGCUAUAUCUGCCAGGACAUGCAGUGCGGCAUGCUGCAGUCGGAGGCGAAGCGGCUGCUGGUUGCCAUUGGCCAUGGCAUGAGCGAGCACGAACCUUGCCAUCGUGUGCGCCUGGCCGCCACGAUGGCGCUGCACAACUCGCUGGAAUGCAUUAAGGACGUAUUUGAGACGGAAGGGGAGCGCAUCAUGUUGGCUGUCUGCAAUGCCGUGGAAAUUAUUUCCAAGGACGCACAUACUCGUGUGGUCGCCCUUCAGUGUUUGGCACAGCUUGUGAGCCUGCGCUAUCAGCUGCUGGAGCCAUGCAUCCAGGAGGUUUUCUGCGUCACGCUGGACGCCAUGAAGGCGAACGACGAUGCCGUUGCUCUGCAGGGCAUCGAAUUCUGGUCGACUAUAUGCCAGAAGGAGAUCGAUCUGGACAUGGAGAGCCAAGAAUCCAUCGAACAGUCCAUGCAAUAUGCCCGUCAGGCCAUGCCGUACCUCAUGCCAGUGCUGAUCAAGCGGCUAACCGAAAAGAAUGAGUUCGAGGCCGAGGAUGCUAGCAAUCCGGCAACUGCUUCGUCGGUGUGCAUCAAGUUGAUGGCCAGGUGCUGCAAAAACGACAUAGAGCCCCAUGUCCUGCCUUUCAUCCUGGCGAACAUCGAAUCGCAAAACUGGGAACUACGGCAUGCCGCCGUUAUGGCCCUAGCCUCCGUGCUGUACGAACUGGACAUCAACAAUGUGAUUCCGCUGGUGGAGCCGCUUAUCCACCUGAUGUCCGACCCCAGGGUCUGUGUCCGCGACACCACAGCCUGGAUUUUGGGUCGCAUUUGUAGCGUCGUGCCGAAGAGACAUCUGGCAGCGCUUGUCGAGUGUUUGCUGCAGAAUUUGCACUCAGAGCCUAGUGUGGCCUCCAAGGUGUGCUGGGCAUUCCGUGGCCUCUCCAAGGCCGCCCGCAGGGGCGACCCAACUGGCGAGACGAGUGCCCUCGUACGAUACAUUAACUUUAUCGCCGAGGGGUUGCUGGAGACCAGCGAUCGUUCCGAUGGUGCCCAGGUCAAUCUGAACGUCGCCGCCUACGAGGCGCUCAACAGUUUGAUUCUGGAUUCAUCCGAAGACGGCUAUUUAAUGGUGCUGCACACUACCCAGGCGGUAUACGAGCGUAUAAAGAAGGCAAUCAAAAUGAAGCCGAUCAUCGGCAGUGACUGCCGUCAGCAGCUGAGUGAUUUGCUCUGCCAGCUCUGCCGCACACUCAAGUGUCUGCUGAGUAAGUUAUCCGUGUUCGAUGCUCGUCUGGCGGCCGAUGUCAUUAUGGAAGCCAUGCACAGCAUCCUUCGAUCGAGUGCUGGGUGCCUAUCGGGCGAGGUGCCGGGGAAUGUAUGCCAUGUCGUAUCCGCACUGGUGGAUCAACUGCAACUGCAAUUUGAAAAGUAUUUGCCAGACUUCAUGCCCAUCUUGAUCCGUGGACUGCAGACGCCGCAGAAUUAUCUGACAUUCUGUGCCACAAUCGAACUAACCAACAAUCUGUGCCAUGUCCUCAAAGGCCAAAUGGCAGCCUACUGUGAUGAGGUUGUGCCGGUGUUGAUGAACAAUCUAAGCGCCCCAAGUGUCCAUCGCGCGAUCAAGACGCCAAUACUCUCGGCCAUUGGGGUUAUGGCCUGCGCCAUUGGAGGCCAUUUCGAGAAGUAUGCUGCUCAAGUGCUGGAAUUGCUGCACAAUGCCUCCGAUGUGCAGCUGGACUCAACCACCGAUUCCUCUUGCGAGCUGCGCGAGAGCAUUCUGGCGGCAUACGCUGGCAUCAGCUACGGCCUGAAGGGCAGCGUUCAACUGGAACCCCAUCUCCGACACAUAAUCUCCUUAAUCGAGCGCCUGGCCCAGGAUGGUGACAUGACCGAAUCGAUGGCAGAGCUCGCCACAAAUCUAACUCGCAAUCUCUCCAGUUACACAAACUGA